AUGAAUUCGGCGCACGGCUUUGCAGGCCCUUCAGUGAAAGGCUCUGACCCGCAAAGCCUCGGUUCCCUGGCCGCGCUUCGCAUCCCGAAGGGAUGUGGUCCCUUGGCUAUGUACAGCUACAGCGAAUUUUUGACAAAAGGGACUGGCAAGGACAUCGCUCAAGCCAUGGCCGAGGAGGAGGAAGCGAGCUGGGACCAGACCCUUGAUGAGUGGCUCAUCAGUGAGGGCUACUGCUAUGCCGCCGGCAUGGCCCAGCUCGAGGAUGGCAACUUCUAUGCCGCCGCACCUGUGGCCGACGAGGCUGGAUGGGGCUUCAUCUUCAAGGAGGACCACGAGCAGAUGAUCAUGCAGGAUGACAUGACUGAAAAGAAGAUGGCAAUCAACGAGGGAACCGCCUUGAAGUUCCUGGUCGACAACCACAAGGCCCCCCCGACCGGCCUCUGGUUCGGCGGAGAGAAAUAUGCAGUUACCCGUGUGGACAAGAACUUUGAGUCCGGAGAUGCGUCGUUUGUGUUCAUCUUUGCGGCCAAGCCCAAGAAGGGCGUGUCCAUUGCCAUCACCAAGACCCAGGUCAUCUGUGCAUUCUAUGACGAAGAGAAGGGCCAAGUCGGCGGCAACUGCACAAAGGCCAUUCCAUGCCUUGGUCCUUACUUUCUCGGCUUCCAGCAAUCGUCGCCAUCUGCCUUGACACGGUGCCUGUGGCACCACUCGUACACGCGCCUGGGGGCCAUGGCGGAAGAGGAGGAAGCGAGCUGGGACCAGACCCUGGAUGAGUGGCUCAUCAGUGAGGGCUACUGCUAUGCUGCUGGCAUGGCCCAGCUGGAGGAUGGCAACUUCUAUGCCGCAGCACCCGUAGCCGAGGAGGCCGGGUGGGGAUUCAUCUACAAGGAUGACCACGAGGAGAUGAUCAUGCAGGAUGACAUGACAGAAAAGAAGAUGACCAUCAACGAGGGAACCGCCUUGAAGUUCCUGGCCGACAACCACAAGGCCCCCCCGACCGGCCUCUGGUUCGGCGGAGAGAAGUAUGCAGUCACCCGUGUGGACAAGAAUUUCGAGUCGGGAGACGCCUCGUUUGUCUUCAUUUUCGCCGCCAAGCCGAAGAAGGGCGUCUCCGUAGCCAUCACGAAGAGCCAGGUGAUCUGCGGAUUCUACGAUGAAGAGAAGGGCCAGGUGGGCGGCAACUGCACAAAGGCCGUUGUCGCCUUUGCGGAGUACAUGGUCGGCUUGGGCUACUGA